AUGGCGUCUUCUUCAACUUCAUCCGUUGACAAGAGCUUUAAAUACGAUGUAUUUUUGAGUUUUAGGGGCGAAGAUACUCGUACGAACUUCAUUGAUCAUCUUUAUCAUGCUCUUCAGAACAAAAGCAUCCAUACUUAUAAGGACGAUGAGAAAAUCAAAAAAGGGAAAAACAUCAGUGAUGAGCUCAUCGGAUCCAUUGAAGACUCCAAAUUUUACAUCAUUGUUUUCUCCAAGAACUACGCCUCUUCAUCCUGGUGCUUGGAUGAACUUGUGAAGAUAAUGGAGUGCCAGAGGACAAACGAGCAUACUGCUUACCCUGUCUUCUAUGACGUGGAACCUUCAGAAGUCCGCAAACAAAGCGGGCCAGUGGUGGAAGCGUUUGCAAAACAUGAAAAGGAAGAAGCUGCUGGGAAAUGGAGAGAGGCUCUGAAAGAAUCGGCGGAUCUCUCUGGAUGGGAGUUGAAGAAGACUGCUGAUGGGCAUGAAGCUAAAUUUAUCAACAGAAUAGUUGAAGAGAUAUCACUAGAGUUACGUUCAAUCAGUUUCAACAUUGAUGAAAAGUUGUGUCCGAAUGAUCGGUAUCAAGGGGAUGGAGGUGGUGGAAAAACAACUUUGGCAAGAGCUGUUUUUGAUCACAUAUCCUUUCGGUUUGAAGGUAAAAGCUUUGUUGAAAAUGUUAGGGAAAAUGCUUCUUUGUCCAGUUUGAAGUCGUUACAAAAGCAAGUCAUCGCAGAUGUCUUCAAUGAAGACUUAAGAGUAAGUAGUGUUUCUGAUGGGAAACACAUGAUGAAGAGGAGGCUGCGUGAUAAAAAGGUUCUUGUUGUUCUUGAUGAUGUUGAUCAUAUAAACCAAUUUGAGGUGUUAGCAGGCGAGCCUAACUGGUUUAAGGCAGGAAGUGUAAUUAUCAUUACAACAAGAGAUGAGCAAGUGCUGGUAGCGCACGGAGUGAAGUUCAUUCAUGAUGUCAAUCUGCUAUCAGAUAAGGAGGCAAUUUGCCUCUUCAAUAGGUUUGCAUUUGGGAGAGAUAUUCCCAUUCAAGGGUAUGAAGAGCUAUCAAGAAAAGUUGUACUUUAUGCGGCUGGUCUUCCAUUGACGAUUACGGUUCUGGGUUCGUUUCUAUGUGGAAAAGAUGAGCUUGAAUGGAUAGAUGCCCUAGAAAGACUAAAAACGAUUCCGGAAACAGAAACUUUGAAAAAACUGGAAUUAAGCUAUACAUGUCUAGAGGAGGAUUACAAGGAAAUAUUCCUAGAUGUUGCAUGCAUCAUGAAAGGUUGGCAGAAAGAUGAUGCUAUCAAAGCGCUCAAAAGCUGUGGAUUUCAUGCUAGAAAUGGUUUAAGAGUUCUUCAACAAAAAUCUCUUAUAACUAUUAAUUAUGAUUACCUAGGCAUGCAUGACCAUAUUGUAGAAAUGGGUAGGAAUAUUGUUCGGCGUUGGCUCCCCAAUAAGCCUCAUAAACAUAGCCGAUUGUGGAAAAUCGAUGAAAUUAAAGAUAUACUGGCUAAUGAUUUGGGUACUAAAGCGACAAGAUGUAUACGAUUCCACUCUAAGAAAUUCAAUCCGCAUAUUUUUAUAAAAGGUCUAAGAAAGAUGAAGGAGCUUAGAUUUCUUUCGGUUAGUGGAGAUUGUUCCAGUGAUUACGAGUUUGGUAUACUCGGUCCAGACUUCCCAAAUGCUUUACGAUAUCUACAUUGGACCAGUUACCCUUUUAGAUCUUUACCCACAGCAUUUCAAGCAAGUAAUCUUAAAAUUAUGGUCCUUAACAAGCUCAAAUUCCUUGACCUCAGUUGUUCAAUGUUGAGGACCCUUGACCUUGGGUUGGCACCAAAUCUUGAAGAGUUGAUUCUUGUUGAAUGCACAUAUUUGGAAAAACUUCACUUGCCUGGAAGAUGUUUAAAUCUAAGAUGCUUAAUACUUCCCGGUUCAAGUUUGAGAACCCUUGACAUUGGACUGACUCCGAAUCUUGAAAAGUUAGAUCUUAAAAAGUCUUACUGUUUGGAAGAACUUCACAUGGGCAGUGAAUGUCAAAAGGUCACCGAACUCAUUAUUAGUCAUUUAAAUUUGAGGACCCUUGACCUUGGGAUGACUCCAAAUCUCAAGAAGUUACAUCUCAAAGAGUGUCGUAAAUUGGAAAAACUUCACACUCCCAUUGGAUGUCUAAAAAAGCUUGUCCAGGGAGACUUAAGUGGUUGUUUGAGGUUUGGAUCUUUUAGGUUUAACAUAGAGGAUAAUACUUCUUGUAGUGUGGAUGAGUCACUUGAGGUUGGUCCUUUAGCAGAGUUACAUCUGUUUGUAGAGUCUAUAGAAAGAUGCCUACUUCACCCUGACAACAACUUGCCAAAGUUUCGGUUUGACUGUGAUUAUAAAGAAGAUCGACCCUCAUUGACUAGAAAUCUUGAGAUACUUUUUUCUGUAGGUAUGUGUGCUUGCACAAACCUUGAGAUGUUUUCACAAAGCAUUUGUGGUUUACAACGUUUAAGAAAGCUUGAACUCAAAGGCAGUUUUGUAGAGGCGAUCAAGGACCUUGACCAGUUAGAAUCUCUUGAGGAGCUAAUAUUGUUGUCAACAAAUAUAAACCAUCUUCCAGAUAGCAUUUUUAAGUUGAAACAUCUGAAAUCUCUUAAACUUAAUGAUUUACGGCUUCUUGAGAGGUUACCUGAGGAUAUUGGCCAUUUAGAAUGUCUGGAGGAGCUUAGUUUGUUGAUUACAAAUAUUAAACACCUCCCUGAUAGCAUUUAUAUGUUUAAACAUCUGAAAUCCCUGAAACUUAGAUUGUGUUUGCUUCUUGAGAAGUUACCUGAGAAUCUUGGCCUAUUAAAACAUUUAGAGGAGCUAGCUUUGUCAUGUACAAAUGUUAAACAUCUUCCGGAUAGCAUUUGCAUGUUGAAACACCUGAAAUAUCUUGAACUUUAUCAUUGUUCGCUGCUUGAAAAGCUACCACACGAUCUUGGCCGAUUAGAACAUUUAGAGGAGCUACAUUUGUCAAAAGCAGAGAUUAAACAUCUUCCGGGCAGCAUUUGUAUGUUGAAAAGUCUGAAAUAUCUCAAAAUUUAUGAUUGCUCGUUGCAUGAGAAGUUACCAGAGGAUCUUGGGCGAUUAGGAUGUUUAGAGGAGCUAGAUUUGUCAUUUACAAAUAUCAAACAUCUUCCGGAUAGCAUUUGCAUGUUGAAACGCCUGAAAUAUCUUAAACUUUAUCAUUGUUCGCUGCUUGAGAAGUUACCACAGAAUCUUGGCCAAUUAGAACGUUUAGAGGUGCUAAGCCUAGGGAAGUGUGAAUUGUUAAAAAAUAUCCCAAAUAGCAUCUGUGAGAUGAAAUGUCUAACAUGUCUCCAUCUCCGCGAUUGUAUUCGAGUUGAGAAAUUGCCUGAGGAACUUGAACGUUUGGAAUGUUUAGAAGAGUUGGAUAUAAAAGGUACAAGCAUAAGUCAUCUUCCUCAUAGCAUUAUUUUGUUGAAAGGUCUGCAUAUUAUUUGGUUUACACCCGCACGACGAGUCUCGUCUACCGUGCUCCAGGGAUGAUUUUGAGAACUUCUGGUGGCUAAGAAAAAACAAGUCAAAUAGAACUAUUGUAAAAGGCAGCUGCAUCGAUUCUGUUCUUUAUCAACCAUCGUGAUAUCUGGGGUGAAUGUUUUGUUGAUUGAGAUUAAUCUGGUAUCUAUGUAGGGGAUCUACUUAUUAUCUCAACCCAUGUUACUUUGUUCUCAGCAUCCUCUACUGAUAAUUUGGUACAGAUCUUCCUCUUGAGGAUCUUGAGCUUCUACAGUUUCACCAAUUAGUAUGUAUAUAUGGAGAGCUGAGUGCCUCAUUACUGAAGUUCUGUGUAUUUUUCUUCAUUUUAGUCAGAGAUAAUUUGAAAAAUACUGUUAUAACCUGGUUCAUCCUCAAUUGUUUUCCCAUAAAAAAAGUUAAAUUAAAUUAAUUAGUUUUGGAGUAAAGAAAUGCUGAGAAAUGAUUUAAACACAUACUCUGGUAAUUUCUUUAUAUCCCGUCUCUCUUAUAACAUGUGAUGUGACAUGUAUGUACCAGGUUAUAUGCAUGGAUAAUCUAUUAUAGUUGGAUAGAUUAUCCAAGUAUAA